GUCAAAAAAUGUGAUUUUGCUGCCGAUGGAUUCGUGAUUUAUUUGAUAAAAAGUCCUACAAAUUCGGUUUCUUAACAUGACUAAACCUAGACCAUGUGGCUGCAAAGGUUGCCGAACUUGUCUGAUUUGUGAGACACAAUAUGGAGCUGCAGACAUGAAGUUACAACUGGCGCUAAACAAGGAUAAAGGUUAUGUUUAUUGUCCACUUUGCAACAAAGCCUGGAAAGGCUGGGACAUGGAUCUCUAUAAACAGCAUCCUCACCACGAAGGCGAGUCUAUAGACUACCCUGGAGUUUACAUACAGCUAGAUUUCAUAAGCGAAGAAGAAGAAAAAGAGUUAAUGAAAAACAUCGACGACAUGCCGUGGGAUAUCUCGCAAAGCGGGCGGCGAAAGCAAAAUUUCGGGCCAAAAACUAAUUUUAAAAAGAAAAAAAUUGUUCUAGGCCAUUUCAAAGGGUUUCCAGAAUGCACAAAGUUCUUACAGGACAGAUUUGAAAGAAUUGAAUUGUUGCAACAUUAUGAAACUAUUGAGCAAUGUUCUUUGGAGUAUGACCCUAGCAAAGGCGCUUCUAUUGAUCCUCAUAUAGAUGAUUGUUGGGUUUGGGGUGAAAGAAUCGUCACUGUAAAUUGUUUAUCAGAUUCUGUGUUGACUAUGACACCAUUUCUUGGGGACAGAAAAAAGUAUAAUUUGUAUUGUGCUGAUGAGUAUUGCGCAAUAGUUGAUUCUAAAGGCAAACUAUUGGAAAAUGGAAGUGAUGAUACAGCCUUAGCGUUUUGGAAGCCAAAAAAUUAUAUGGAUGUUAUUAUUAGGAUACCAAUGCCUAGGAGGUCUUUGCUGGUGAUUUAUGGUGAAUCGAGGUACCACUGGGAACAUUGUGUACUCCGUGAGGAUAUUGUGUCUCGCAGGGUGUGCAUAGCCUACAGAGAGUUCACACCGCCAUACAUGCAGAAUGGUUCACAAGAAACCAUUGGUACUGAAGUCCGAAAAGUUGCCAAAAACUUUUGGGAUCACAAAACUGAAUACCAAAAGAAUGCAGAAGAUGUUCCUAGUUAGUGUAUUUAAUAUUCAUUUUUGUAAUUUAUGCUAUAACUAUUAAAUGCAAGUAUUAUUUUAAAUUAUCGUAGAGGUAUGGGUAGUAAAACAGUAAAAUGUCAUUCAACUGUAAUAAUUAUAAAAUUUUGAAUUCCUAGAUUCAGUAGUGAUAUAAGUAGUGUUUAUUACCGAUAAGAUAAUUUGGUUAUUUAAGCAUUUAUUUAUCAAAAUUUGAUAAUGUAUUGAUAAAAAAUCCACAUUUCUAUGAAUUACUUACUGAAUAUUAGCUGUAGAUUGUAAACAUAGUACCUACAUUGAUUGUUGACCAAUUACUAGUACUUAAUCUAUCUAAAUAAAAGACAUUUGAUGUUAUUCUAUAUUUAUAUGAUUUUCUUAUUUUACAUUAUGUAUGAAGAAUACCAAACCAUUUUUUAAAUUGGUAGAUUUUAUAAGAAAUUCCAAAAA